ACAAAAAUGUCUUUGUGCGUGUGUUCUGUCCCAUAGACACUGACACUUUUCUUAAUAAAUGUGUUUCUUGUGAACUUCGCCAACCUGACACGUAUUUUAAAUUCUAUUUGUCCCGAGCAAGUGUUCUGAGCCAAUCAUUCAGUCUCUAAUUCGUAUCCUGAACGUUUUCCAAACAGACGCCGUAACGCCGUCAAGUAUUCCUUUGCUAAUCGGCAGUCCCAAGAAGUUCUGCCGCUGCCUACAUUCUUUAAAAGGCUCUCGGUAGUAGCCUACAUACCUUUUGUCAUAUACAUGAAGAAAUGGCCAUUGUGUCGUGAACAUAAAUGAAAAUGUAGUCUUUUAUCGUGCUUUGUAGAUUAGUAGCUGUAAAGACUCUACUGGCCAGGAAUAGGUUUACCUGAGCAGUCGCUUACCUGUGGUGACGUAAACUCGCAUAGAUUGGAGAUCUCGGGCGUUGAGUCGGGGGAGGAAGUUGUGAAAUAGCCUACACAUUUUGUUUGACAGAAGAGACGAACUCUUGCAGGACACAACUACGUGAAAAACAUUGCGAAUAUGUUAUCGCCAUUGGGUUGUUGUUACUAAAAGCCAGAUGAGAUCCCUUGUUAGGGCUGUCCUGCUGUUGUGGAUGGUGAAUAUUUGCGGUGGUCUGUGCUGCGUGAGAUAGACCUGCCCUUUCCUCCACAAAUCUGUCUCAACACGCAGAGCCUGCAGAGUUGCCCCUCUAGCCUGCGCAGCGCGACGCGAAGCAUCCCGCUCCAGUAGAACCACAAGCGCAGCGCGACGCGGAGCAUCCCGCGCCAGUAGACCACAAGCGCAGCGCGACGCGACGCGGAGCAUCCCGCUCCAGUAGAACCAGGUCACUGCUCUAGCCGAGGCCGCAAGAAUCAGCCUGGCCCAGCCAAGCUUUUCCACUGGCCUGGGGGUCGAGGAGCAGGAAGCACCUGAACAGGACAGGACAGGACAGGAUAGGACAGCAGAACCCAGGGAAGCUCCAGAAUACUUCCACACCAGAACCAGUAGAACAGGGAUCAUCCACCAGAGAACUCAGACAGGAUAGUGCUAAGGAGAACCUUGCCCACGUAGAUUCAGGUCGGGCUCAGAGUGCAUGCAGAGCAGAUCCGGAGAAGAACCCUCAUCAGAACCAGGAACCUAGAACCUAGAGAGAUCUCUUGUUGGGCUUGAGUGGAUUCUCUGCAGUCCUAGAGUGGAACCCAGUACUAAACCUCAGGCCGGAUUCUAGCAGAACCGAACCAUGUCCAACAGGCUCUCUGACGGUUCCGUGGGGGACAAGGCCCCCAUACCGCUGGAGCAACGCUUCAGCUCUGACCUGCAGCUGGACACACACACACCCCCUCGCGCUGACCUGCAGCUAGACACACACACACACCCUGGCUCUGACCUGCAGCUGGACACACACACACCCCCUGGCGCUGAAUCAGCGGAGGACUGCCAGGACAGUGGGGGCGUGGGCAGGCGGGCGGUUCUGAGCCCGACGAGUAAGGUGGCAAAGAAGCUGGGCACCACCACGCAGCUCAUCCCCAAGAGCCUGGCGAAAGGCCGGCCCAAGGCACGCCACCACACCACGGUGGUGACGCUGCCCGUGGGUCUGUCCAACGCGCUGGACACACACAAGGCCAAGUGUGUGUCGCACGUGCCCGACCUGUCCUGGGAGGACUACGACAGCGACGGGGAUGGCUUCGCCCUGCGGAGUAACCGUAGGAACAAGUCUUACCGCGCCGCUGUCACCAGUCUGAGUGCGGACUUCAUGGUGAUGGAGCGGACUGGACUCAGACCGAUGGGAAAGGAGAGGGAGAGGGCGCCGAGUCCACAGCCUUCGACACGCACCCCUACACGCAAGAGAACCUUUGGGAGGAAGAGGAACCAGAGACACGGUGGAUCCUUUAAAGACAAACCGAGACUCUAUCAGGAGAUCCGGGAGCGAGGUUUGCAGAACACAGAUGAUGACUUCACCCAGGUGGAACCACCGCCUGAGGACCAGGGCAUCGUGGUGAAGAACUUCCGCCCCGCCCAACUCACCUGGAGUCAGCUGCCUCAGGUGAAGGACACUGGCAUCCUCGAGCUCAUCUCUCCAGAGGAGCGCAAACGCCAAGAGGCCAUCUUUGAGAUCUUGACAUCAGAGUACUCGUACCAGCACAGCCUCAGCAUCCUGGUGCGCUGCUUCAAGGAGAGCCAGGAGCUCCGCAGUACCAUGACGACCACGGAGCAUCAUCACCUCUUCUCCAACAUCUCCGUCAUCCAGACCGUCAACAAGAGGUUCUUUGAGGACCUGGAGAAACGGCACACCAUCCAUCCCGUCAUUCAGGACAUCAGUGACAUCGUCCAGAGCCACGCCACCCAUCACUUUCAGCCCUACAUCGUCUACUGCUCCAAUGAGACCUUUCAGCAGAGAACCCUACAGAAGCUCCUCUUGAGUAACAGUGCGUUUAAGGAGGCCCUGAAGCGUAUUGAGGGCAGCAGUGAGUGUGGAGGCCUCCCCAUGAUCUCCUUCCUCAUCCUCCCCAUGCAGAGAGUCACACGCCUGCCCCUGCUCAUGGACACGAUCUGCCAGAAGACUCCUGCUGAGACGGCGGAGUACUUUGCAGCCUUCUGGGCCUUCAAGGCCAUCAGUAAGCUGGUGAAGAGCUGUAACGAUGGCGCAAGAACGAUGGAGAGAACAGAGGAGAUGUACACCAUCCAGAAACAGAUGGACUUCAGCAAGAUCAAGCCAUUCCCGCUGGUGUCCUCGUCUCGCGGGCUGGUGAAGAGCGGUGAGCUGGCCGUGUGCACGGAGGAACUCAGCCUGUUCUGGAAGCCUUUCAGCCACCGUAGCUACUUCCUGUUCCUCUUCAACGACGUCCUCAUCAUCACCAAGAAGAAGAGUGAAGAGAUGUUUGUGGUGCUGGACUACGCCACACUGGAGCAUGUGUGUGUGGAGGAGGAGUCGGUGGGCGGGGCCAACCCCCUGCAGCUUCGUGUUGUCAUGGACCAGAACAGCGACGGACACAGGGAACAGAUUGGCCUGGUGGCAGAGUCCAAGCUGGAUAAGGCUCGCUGGGUGACUGCUCUCCGAGAGCACCGACGGGCAGAGAGCGACACAAACAGAGAUGAGCUGCAGCAGUAUGAGUCCACUAAGGCGUAUAUGCCAAAGGCUCCAGAUGAGUUGGGGCUGCAGCAGGCGGAGGUGGUGAUCGUGGAGCAGCAGGUGGAAGGGUGGUGCCAUGGGGAGCGCAUGCGUGACGGAGCGCGAGGCUGGUUCCCCUCGGCCUGCGCCAGCGAGAUCACCAACCGCACCGCCAUGGACUGCAACAUGCGGCGCAUGGAACGUAUGCGCAAGGAGACCAACGUCUGACACACACACACCACCCACCACGGAGCGCAUGCGCAAGGAGACCAACGUCUGACACACACACACACCACGGAGCGCAUGUGCAAGGAGACCAACGUCUGACACACACACCACCCACUCCACCAUGGAGGGCAACGAGAGAUGCAUGGAGCACCUCUGCAGAGACCAACAUCUGACUCGCAUACACACACACACACAUCACCCAUACUGCUAGAGUAGGCCUAGAACAUGAGUGCCUAUGUAUGACCAACAUCUGACACACACACACACACUCUUGAGACAACACCCUUCACACGGUCAAAAUGCGAGCCAAGGAAUACACUUCUAGACAAUUCACACCUACAUAUACAGGACCUGAAGGACACACACACACUCCUGAGGAGUCCCCACUGGAUGUAGAGCUUCUUGGUGCAGUCUCACAGAUGAACACACACACACACACACACACUCCUGAGGAGUCCCCACUGGAUGUAGAGCUUCUUGGUGCAGUCUCACAGAUGAACACACACAAGCGGGACUUUAGAUGACUUCCAACCCUGGUGCCAGGGCCUCAUUCAGGACUGCAGAAACACUAUUGACUGUGGUGGCCAUCCUAAAUGUGUGUUAAGACUGUUAUUGUUGGAAUGCAUGCAUGUCAUUGUGAAACGUUGUCACACACACACCUGAUGACAAGACAAGCAGCCUAGAAGCUCGACUGAAAUGAAAGAGUCGACACAUCUGGUAAACUUCGUCUUUGACUUUUAUUUGA